UAUUUGCUUUACACAUGGUGGCAGUGGAUUGUUAAGUUCAGUGAAAAUUAUUUAUAAAUUUCAGUGUUAAAAUUGUAAAUUUUUGGUUCCACGUUUGCGGUUGCUUGUUUAUUAAUAAUUAUAUUUGAUUAAUGAGUCAGAAAAUCGAGAAACCGACACUUUCGGGUCAGCGAAUAAAGACCCGCAAAAGGGACGAGAAGGAAAAGUAUGACCCAGCCAGUUUCAGAGACGCAAUAUUACAAGGUCUUAGUGAAACAGGCUCCGACUUGGAACAAGUGUCUAAAUUUUUAGACACAGCUGGUUCAAAGUUGGAUUAUCGCCGUUAUGGUGAAGCUCUUUUUGAUAUCUUAUUGGCUGGAGGUAUUUUGGCUCCUGGUGGUACACUUGCUCCUGAUCUCGAUCCAUCAAAAACGUCAAGAACUGACAUAUGCAUUUUUGAAGCAGAGGGAGAUUUGGAAACUCUAAAGAAUUAUGCCCAAGUUAUAACUAAACUGAUCCGACGGUAUAAAUAUUUGGAGAAGACCUUAGAAGAAGAGUUCAAGAAGGUGUUUAUGUUCCUGAAAGGAUUUACACCUGAACAACGCUCGAAACUUGCAAAAGUUACAGCUAUCUUACUUGCUGGAGGCCAAAUUACGCCAGGCGUGCUUAUUAAAGUUCUUCAGGAUCAUUUGGUAAAAGAUGGUAUUGCACUUGAUUUUAUUAUAGAAGUUUUUAAAACUUGGCUUGGGGAAAAAGAUAGCACAGCUGUGUGGGCAUCCUUAAGAAAGGCAGGCUUGGAUUCUCGUCUUCUGGACUUUCUUCCAACAAGCAAACGAUCAAUUGAAUAUCUAAGCGCAACUUUUAAAUCUCAUGGUUUGAAUCAAUUAUUAGAUUACUUAAAAGCUCAAGAAAAUAAGAAUGUUAGGAAGGAGCUUCAGCAACAAGUUGGUGAGCUUUUGAAAGAAAAUGUGCCUGUUGAUGACAUCAUAGCUGUUGUGAAGGAGCAGGUGAAGAAAAAUGCACUACCUGAACAAGAAGUUCCUGUCCUCUUGUGGACUACCUUGAUGACUGUUGUUGAUUGGAACAAGCGUCAAGAAUUGGUGCAAGAACAAGCCAUCAAACAUUUGCGUCAGUACACUACACUUCUUGCUGCCUUUACUUCCAGUACAAGAGCUGAGAUCGCCCUUCUGAUGAAAAUUCAAGAGUAUUGCUAUGAUAAUAUGGCAUUUUUGAAAGUUUUUGAGAAAAUUGUUUUAUUGUUUUACCAGCGUGAUGUUUUGAGUGAGGACUCAAUCCUUAAGUGGUACAAAGAAUCACAUUCUUCAAAAGGUAAAAGCAUUUUUCUGGAGCAAAUGCGUAAAUUUGUGGAAUGGUUACAGAAUGCAGAAGAAGAAUCUGAGGAAGAAGAUUAAUGUAAAUUGCAUUAAUAUUUGAAUUUUUUCAAUUAUUUUUCAUUUAAAAGAUUUUGACAAAUGAAUGACUUGCCUAUAUUGGUGCUACUCCUUUUUUAUUAAAGGUGUUGGCCUUUUAUGAAAACUGAGGUGCACAAUGUAGAAUUAUUUUUAUACUAAAAUAGGUAUCACCGUUGUACUGGUUAUUUGAUGGUUUUUGUGUUUGUAAGAUUUCCAUAGAGAAUGAAUUGAAGUAUAAUAAUUCUAAUUAAAUUUAUACUCAUUGUAAAAAAUAAAAUCUGAUGCUUAAUCAUUUUAACUUAUUUUCUAUUUCAUUUUAUUUCAGAGUUUUUUUAUUAAUUAUGCAAAGCAUAUCAGUAAUCAUUUGAAAGACAUUCGUAUAAAACCUAUGGAUUUCUUUUGUACUAUGGAAUAUGGCGGGCACAGAGAAAUAUUUAGUUAUUACAGUUGUGACCAAAGUCUUUUAUAUAUUUAUUGAUUUAAUACUCUUAAAUGGAAUUACUGGUUACAAUGUAAUAUGUGUCAUGAAGAUGAAAUAAAACUUUUAAUUUGUAUGUUAAUA